UGUCAUUGACUGAACGUAUUUCAAACAAGUUCUGGUGGUAUAUUAGUUUUCUAUUGUGUGUAACAAUAUUACCACACAUGUAGUGGUUUAAAACAACACAUAUUUAUUAUCUUAUUAUUUCUGUGGUCAGGAAUCCAAGAACAGCUUUUCUGAGCCAUGUACUUAGAGUCUCAGAAGGCUGCAAUCAAGGUGUGGGCCAGCUUCUCAUCUGGAGGCUCGAUAGGGGAAGGAUCUGCUUCUCCACUUGCCUGGUUGUUAGUAGCAAUCAGUUCCUUUUGGUUGUUUGACUGAGAGCCUAAUUUUUUUGCUGGCUGUCAGCUGGAGCUCAGCCCUCAGUGACUAGAUGACACUUGUAGUUCCUUGCCACAUGGAGUUGUCCAAUAUGGCCACUUUCUUCCUCACAGCUAGAAAGGGAGAGACUCCAGCAAGAUGAGCCUUACAGUCUUAUGUAAUGUAAUCACAUAAUCACUUACAUAUAAUCACAUAUCUCCCAUCACCUACGCAUAUACUAUUGGUUAGAAGCAAGUCACAUGUCCCACCUACAGGUAAGAGAGGUGGAAUACACAAGGGCCUGAACACCAGGAGAUAGGAAUCAUGGAAGCCAGCUGUCAGUGGCCAAUCUGUCUACCACAGGUGGCUACUUGUUACCAUGGCUCUACCAUGGCUCAAUCUUUUCCUAAGUUUAUGGGUGUGCAGCAACUGGAGUCUCUUACACUGCUGUUGGGAAUGCAGUGGUAAACUUUGAGAAAUGGGUUUGGCAGUUUCUUGAAAAGUUAAAGACUUACCAUAUGACCCAGCCAUUCCACUCCUAGAUAUUACUCAAGAUAAAUGUAAACAAACUCACAUAAAGACUUGUAUAUGAAUGUUCAUAGAAGCUUUAUUCAUAAAACCCCCAAAUGGAAACAACCCAAAUGUCCAUCAACAGAUGAGUGGAUCGACAAAAUGAGAUAUAUCCAUACAAUGGACUAUUUCUCAGCAAUGAAAAAGGAACGUACUAGUAAUAUACACAACUAAGUGAAUGACUCUCAGAAUGUUAUGCUGAAAGAAGGCAGACCAAAAAAAGUACUUCCUGUAUGAUUCCAUUUGUAUAAAAUUCUAGAAACCCAAAUUAAUCUAUAGUGCUAGAAAGCAGAUCCGUUGUUGCCUGGAGUGAGGGAUAGAUGGUCUACAAAGGGGCACUUGGAAACUUGUGGGGGUGAUGAAAAUGUUCUGUAUCUUAAUAGUGGUGGUAAUUCACAGGUGUACACAUCCAUCACACUCAUCAAAUUGUACGCUUUAAAAGAAUGUAGUUAUUGAACAUAAAUUAUACCUCAAUAAAGUUGAUUAAGAAUAAGAAUUAAAUGAAAGAAUCAGAGACAUAUGAAUCCAGACACUUGGAAGAGAAAGUAAUGUUGAUACUGAGUAUAGGUGAUUUUAAACAUAAUUCGCCAAUUUACCAUUGUCAUCUCUCGUGCAUUAGCUAAAAAAAAAAUAGAGCUAUAUGAAACACUUCAGAUACUAAUUCUUUUCAAGGUGAUAAUCAGUUUGCUUUAAAUAGAACAAAGGGGUCAUUUAUCACUAAAAAUUACUAGAGAUGGAAAACAUUUGUCAUACCUAUUGACUAUCUUAUCUACUUUUUUAACUGCCUGUUUGUGAACUUUGCCAAUUUUUCUAUUAGCUUGUUCUUCCUGGUUCUUCUGUUUGUUUACAUGCCUCCUCAGCCUGGGAGCUCACUGGAGACAAGGACUGCAUCUCUUCUCUUUCUUUACCUUAGCCCAGCAGUGGUUGGUAUUUCGUUCAUGAAAUGUUUGCUAAAAUUGAAUUGAUCUUAAUUCAUUCUCAUAUACUUUGGAGAAUUUAACUUUACAGAUGAGGAACACAAGAUGCUGCAGAGGCUGAAUAAUUUGCAGUCACACAACUAAACGGCAGAAUUGGGACUGUAAUCCAGGCCUUCUGAUUUUAAACCAUGGGUUUAUUGAAAUUGUAUUCCAUCCCCUCCAUUGAUGUUUGCCUGGGCCCUGUCUUCUUCAGGAUAUCAACUGAGUAUUUUAAGUGAAUUUAAAGUUAGCAAAGCUCACCCUCCGCUACGCGCAUGCGUCCCUUCCUUUUCCCAUGGUAGGAAAAAAAAAGACACCGCCUCCUUUCUCUUUGCUCAUCUUUUGGCCCCUGCGCUUGCCGUCGCCCGUGGGGAGGUGUUCACUGGUUGAAGUGAUGGCGACUGGGACCCCAGAUUCUCAAGCGCGAUUCGGUCAGUCUGUGAAGGGGCUUCUCACGGAGAAAGUGAACACCUGUGGUACUGACGUGAUCGCGCUCACCAAGCAGGUGCUGAAGGGCUCCCGGAGCUCCGAGCUGCUAGGUCAGGCCGCUCGAAACAUGGUACUACAGGAAGAUGCCAUCUUACACUCAGAAGAUAGUUUAAGAAAAAUGGCAAUAAUAACGACACAUCUUCAAUACCAGCAAGAAGCUAUUCAGAAGAAUGUUGAGCAGUCAUCAAAUCUACAGGACCAGUUAAAUCAUCUGUUGAAGUAGAACGUGUUAUGAGAGGGCAAAAGUGCUUUGCCUGACACUGAGGAGGAAAUAUCUUACAUAACCACUGUGCUAUGGGUUUGAUUUUCCAUUUUCUUCUCCAAAAGUUAAGUUAGAAUAAGAUCUGUGACGAUGAACAGUUUCUCCUGAAAGGAAGUUAAGUGAUUGAAUUUUGAAAGCACUUCUUGAAUCAAACUAACCCAUGCUUUUAUUGAAUUUUUAAGUUGCUCUGUUAAUUUGAUAUUAAAGCAAAAUUAAAAGAUGUCUUAGUUUCUCUCAUAGAACUUUAAUAUGUCAAAAGCCAUAUUGUCUAAUUGUGUUUCUUAAGCAAAUACUGAGUAGUGUUUUAAAUUUAGACUUAAGAGCUUCUAUUGUGAAUGUAUAAGAAUGAUUAAUAUUGUUAUUAAAGACUAUUUUUUCUUUUAAUCAUACAUUCAGGAAAUAUUUUAAUUUCAUGGUCACAGAAUGGUGAUUAGGUAAUACCUGUUGUUUUCUUUUCUUUUCUAGUAACUAAGAGGAGAUAGUUAUUUUAUUUGUUGUAGCAAGUUCCUACAUGAAAAUUAGGCAAAUGGUAUCAUAUCUGGCCAGCUGCAAC